GCAGUCUCCACAACAAUGGUUGCAGCCAAGCGACCGCGCUCAACAGACGACAUCGGUCCCAGUGAUGAUGCCGAGCCCUCAAAGAGCGAUGCAGAAAGGCGUGAGGCUGAAGCGGCAAAGACGCUGGCCGGGCUGGGUGGGCCUCAACGAUUGAUCAAGGCGCCUAAACCUCCGCCGACAUGCGGCUUCUGUGGUGCUACGUUCAAAAAGACGGAGCAUAAGCAGCGCCACGAGAUGACCCAUACCCUCGAACGCCCCUUUCCGUGUAAAGUCUGCGAUCGUCGCUUUGCUCGCAAAGACACGCUCGACCGUCAUUUCAAGUCCAAGCACGGAUCUGUGCAAGAAAGCGAUCCCACGAACCCGCUCAUACCUGGCAACCCUCUGCCGACAGAGCAAAGCAGUAGUGCUCGUCUGUUCCGGGCCCUGCAGUCGCGUGUCGGCAGCCUGCCUCUGCCUGGCCUCGAGUCAACCAUACCUAUCGACGCAAGACUUAGUGAUCCGAUGACCGGCAACAUUGCCAUGGUUCCCGCAGCGCUGCCUCAUGACUUUACGUAUAACGGCCUCAAUGUCGCAGGAGCUCACGGAGUCUUUGAUUCGAUCACUGGACUCAUUGGUCACACUCCCCUCGUUCGUAUGCGCAAGAUCGCCAACGAAGAAGGCAUCAGGUGUAACCUUCUUGCAAAGUGCGAAUUUUUUAAUGCCGGCGGCAGCGUCAAAGAUCGCAUCGCGAAGCGCAUGAUCGAGGUUGCAGAGGCGUCCGGAGAGCUUAUUCCCGGUCAAAGCAUUAUCAUUGAGCCAACAUCGGGCAACACGGGCAUCGGUCUUGCUCUCAUGGCUGCGGUCAAAGGCUACCGCUGUAUUAUCACGCUGCCCGAUAAGAUGUCACUCGAGAAAGAAAACACUCUACGUGCUCUUGGUGCCGAGAUCCGGCGCACACCGACGCAUGCCGCCUGGGAUAGUCCGGAUUCGCACAUCGGUCUGGCAAAGCGUCUUGCUGCAGAGAUCCCUGGGGCUGUCAUUCUGAAUCAGUAUGACAACCCUCAAAAUCCUCAGGUCCAUUACGAAACGACCGGCGGCGAGAUCUUGACAGACCUUGCUCGUACAGCCCUCAUCGAUUUGACCACGGAUCCAAAUAGUCAAGUGAGCGAUCAGGUGCAUCUCUUCGUUGCCGGCGCAGGCACGGGCGGUACCAUCAGCGGCACGGCGAGACGGCUGCGCGAACAUAAUGCUCUCCUCAUCGUCGUUGGUGCAGACCCUAUCGGUAGCGUCCUCGCACGGCCAGAGACGCUCAACACGAACGGCACAAACGGCUACAGUGUUGAAGGCAUCGGCUAUGAUUUUGUUCCUACUGUGCUGGAUCACUCGGCUGUCAACAGCUGGGUCAAGACGACGGACGAGAACUCGUUUGCUAUGACCCGUCGUAUCAUUCGUACGGAAGGCAUUCUGUGCGGUGGCAGCAGCGGCGCAGCCGUCUGGGCAGCCCUCCACUAUCUCAAAGAGAGUCCAGACGGACAAGCUAUCGCUGCCGAUCCCAAUCGCAACGUGGUCAUCAUCUUGCCUGAUGGCAUUCGCAACGUCAUCAGCAAAGAUUGGCUGCGCGAAUGAUGAGGUUAGUCGGUGCUUUGCUGCUGCUGUUGUACAUGUUGUAGCUCUAUGACAUUGUGUGCCUGCUCGGGAUCAUACAACACCGUACUGCUGCCUGUAAGCUUCCAUUGCCCUGAGCUGCUCGUCCAUGCCGCCCUUGACGCCGAGAUAGGCGAUGAUGUCCUUCAUUGUCAUCACGGCGAUGACAGGUACGCCAGUCUCCUUUUCUAUUGAUUGCACUGCGCUCGCUUCGCCAUCCUUACCCCUUUCUUGCCUAUCCAGCGACUCUGUGAUGCCGACGAGCUGACCUCCCUGCAGCUUGAUAAUCUCGACCGCCUCCCUGAUGGCUGUGCCAGCGGUAAUGACAUCGUCAAUGAUGAGCACUCUCUGACCUUUCAAUGGCGCGCCGACCAAGCUUCCGCCUUCGCCGUGAUCUUUGGCUUCUUUGCGGUUGAAGGCGUAAUUGACUGUCCGCCCGAAGGAGCGUUGCAGCUCGACACAGGUGA